AGCGUCGUCCUAAGUGAUUUGCCUCAAAAUGGAGGAAGAAACGCGGCAAACAAUUAAUCCUGCCAUUGGAGCAGACUAUGGUUCAGUGUCGCCAAAACAAGAUGGCGUUGAUCAAGCAGACGGCAGAAGUGUUGACCCGGAAGUUGAGAAAAAGGACCAAAGUGGGGAGGCUGGGGGACACAAAGGGUGUAGCUGCUGCAAGAACUGUACUAUCAAUAGGCAUAUGUUCCCAGUAAAACUGUUUUAUUUCUUUUUCUUUGGAGCCAGAGGAGCAGUGACGCCAUAUAUGUCAAUAUAUUUCAAACAGCUCGGCCUGAGUCCGGAUCAAAUUGGGUUAGUUUCCGGAAUGAGGCCAAUUGUGGGGUUUGCCAGCGGCCCCUUAUGGGGUGCCCUCGCAGACAGAUAUAAAAUUCGUAAGAUGUGUUUGAUUCUCUCUAUGAUAGGGUGGUUGUUUUUCACUCUGGGGUUAGGGUUCGUCAAACAACCGGAAAAAAUAAAGGUAUGCCCAAAUGUUGUCAACGAAACUUUCCACCCUAAUAAGCGUUCGAUAUCGAAGCCAGAGCAGAGUAGCAUUGUGCACACGACAUCCUAUUCCCCAAUUGGAAUUCAGGGUUCCACCGCCAGUGGGCGUAAGCUACUCUACCACUUGUUUGAAUCGACCUACAUCCACCAUUUCAAAGCUCGGAAGAACGGAACGGGUAAACCUCAUCAUCAGCUUCCCCGGCGGCGACACAAACAUGACACUUAUUACAAGAAAGAGAUGCGAGAGAAUCUGAGCUGGUUGUAUGAAUAUUCAUCCCAGUACAAAACUGUCAUUUGGCUUUGUCUCCUCGUUGUCUUCGGAGAGCUGGUCCAGGCGCCAACCUCGGCCCUGGCUGAUGCUGCCACGCUAGAAAUGUUAGGAGAGAAGCAUAUCUCGAAGUAUGGACAUCAACGAGCCUGGGGUGCAGUCGGAUUUGGAUUUAGCGCAUUCGUGGUUGGUCUACUACUUUCCUACUCCCGUCAACAUGUCAAGAUCUGCGGCCUCCUUCUGGUGUUCAGCGACUACAUGAUAGUCUUCUAUGUCUUCGUCGGUGGGAUGACGGUCGCCUUCCUGUGUGGCUGCUCAAUGGACUAUAAAUGUCAGCCCGAAGAGUCCGAAAGAGAAAAUGUAGUUCUAGAAGAAGACAUUGGGGAGCACAGCACGGGCGAAGUGUUCCGAUUGUUCAUGUCGAUUCAUUACGCUUCGUGGCUCAGUACCAGUUACUUUAUGGGCGUAUGCAAUGGCGUCAUCUGGGGCUUCCUGUACUGGCAUCUAGAAAAUCUAGGGGCGACCCAGCUACUUCUGGGUGUGGUCAGCAUCUCCACGUACGCCUGCGAGUUCACCAUGUUCUUCUUCGUGGACAAGCUCAUCAAGCCUUUUGGUUACAUCGGGACGCUUUAUCUCGCCUUGAUAUGUUAUGCCAUACGCUUCACCAUCUACGCUGUGAUAAAGAACCCAUGGCUUGUCAUACCAGCAGAGUUACUUCAAGGCCUGACCUUUUCCUCAGUGUGGACAUCUCUGACCCGCUACUCCUGCUCAGCGGUACCUCGGGCCUCCCUGGCUACCGUUCAGGGGAUCCUCCACGGUGUCUACUGGGGUCUGGGAGCAGGCAGCGGGCAUCUCGCCGGGGGUCUCUUCAUUGACAACUUCGGGGCCGAGGCGACAUUCUUCACCUUGGCCGCUGGCUGCAUACUCACAUUGGGUCUCUUUGGUAUCGCGCAAAGGUUCAGCGAGAAACCGGCACCUCUAAAGGGUUCUUUAGAAUAUCACCAGGCGGCCGCAGGUCAGGAAAGAUAAAACUAAAUGACGUAGUUCACUCCUACGAGACCGUUUUGCACACUGACAGGCGUUUGAUUUGAAGGAAGUUUUUGAGUCGGCAAUGCUGAACUGACCGACGAGGCGAAACCGUGACGGUGAAGUGUUGUGGUGUGGAAUCAGACCUUACUCGUGCUCAUCCAGCCCCAACUAGUCCAUGGUGAUAGAUGAUGAUUCGAUUGAAACAAAACCCCGGAUGCCCUUCAAUCCAAAACGAUAAACAGCACGCUGCAUCAUCUUAUUUCAAUAAUUCCGGGCGAAUCCAAGGAGGCUGGGAAGACAGGCAGGCGUAGUUAGCAACAUCGGUACUUGACGCUUACCAAUU